GCCUGCAUUCCCUUCUUCAGUCCUUCUGCAAACCAUUUCUGGUGCUUGUUCACGUUAGGUCGCCUUGGUGAGUGGUACCUCAUAGGCUGCUUCAGACCACUCAAACAGAGCCGUACGGCUCUCAUUGGACUGUAGAAACACCCCCACACUGGCCCGCCUGCCCUUAACUGUCACAAAGAAUAGGACUGUCUGAAUCUUUUCCCUUAAGUGUACCAAGGGUGCUUGUCAGUAAUCUUGACAGACACAUUUUAACUGUGGUACAGGCAAGUGUACAUGCUUGUGUACGUUGUCAUAUAACACGACUCCAAACUAAUCUUUUGUUAUUGGCAAUAUGGGGAAAAACGAAUCAUGAUUUUAUUUUAUUUUUUCCCCCUCUCAUAUUGAUUGAUCUGGAUAUUUGAUAUGUGCUUCUUCUGUCUUAUUAAAACAUAGACUGACAUACUUCAGGAAUAAAAAAACGUGUCAAAAUCACUACAGGUUUUAAUUCUUACUUCCUUUAUUCUUUCUUAUUUACAGAAAAAUUCACAUUUAAAGUCUGGAAUGAGUUUGUACAGUAUAUUAAAUCUAAUGCAUUCGCGUUACCAUUAACGAUAAAAACAUAUGCAUGCGCACUGCCGCUAACAACAGAAACACAUCCUAUGUCCAUGUGUUAAAUGAGAUCUUAAGUAAAGUUUAUGAGUAAAAACUUUUCAUAACUUUGGUUAUAAAGAUGAGAAGCACCAAGAGGAGAGAAAGAGGAGAAAAGGUGAAGAGCUGGAUCAGAGAAGGUGCAGGGGUAGGGGUUGGAUGACUCUGUGCACACACAGGAGUCAGAGGGAGAGAGAGACUGGACUUUUAGUCAAAAGUUAAAUUUUAAGUUUAAGUAGUUUAAGUUAAAUCUUCUGAACAUUUGAGGUAACAAAGGGACAUGCUGUGACUCAGGCUACUUUUUCCCCAAAUAAGACUGUAAAUCCUUCUCGGCUCCUCCACGCACUCUUACCACCACAUGAUUGGCUGUGACCUGUCGAUUAAUAUGCACAUGCUUUAUCACAGAGAUGGACCAAAGUAGAAAUUGCUAUCUGUCAACCUUUCGAUUUUUGGCACAACCCUACCUCUAAGUUUGCACCAGUUAGACUGACAUUAGACUGCUUUUAUACACAAUGUACAACCGCAUCUUCCUCCUUUUGUCACAUUUAUAGCAAGAAGUGCAGAUCUUCAUAUGAACUCUUUAAAUGUACAGUGUUUCCAUUUAGGCAGAUGCUGAUAAAAUAGGCAUUGCUUCAACAUGUAAAAAAAAACCCAAAACAUAACAUUUCUGUCUCUGUAAAAUGUAUUUGUGGGGUACAACAAUACCCCCAUCUUAUAUUGUGGGGAGAAAUUGAAAAAAAUACUAGAGUCUGACGCAGCCUCUGCAUUUUAUUGUUUACUAUCAUGGCAAUAAAAUGCACUUCUGUCCAAGGAGCUUAUUAACCCUUUAUACCUAUUUUAAUACACAGGGUCCUACUUAAAAUGUUAUAGAUAAUCAACCCAAUUUUUUGUAAUUUUUUUUAAAGUUAAAUUUUUAUUAAUCACCCUGAGAACAUAUUUUGAUAAACUUUAACAUAUUAAGUUCCAUAAAAAAACUAAUGGAAUUGCAUUAGAUUGCAUUUCUAGUGGUCUUGAAACCUAAAUUUGUAAUACACAAUUCAUCAAAAUCAAGUGCAGAUGUUCUGAAUUCAAUUACAAUUGGUAGAUCAAAUUAGAAAUGUAUAUACAAAUGUAUAGGUCUAAAGUCACGAUGAAUUACAAAAUAUUCUGUAUUAUUGCAUUAUAUGGGGAAAAAUAAAAUCAAAAAGCCAUACUGGUUUUAGGUGCCUGAGGGUUAAAGGCUGUACUUGAUGACGUGGAAAACUUGAUAACAUGAAAAACUACAAUAAUUAAUUAGCUAAUAGCUAAUUUAUUUUAAACAGUUUGGAGUGGUCCAUCCUUGCCAUUUGUACACUUGCACUUGCAUCACUCUGAAUUCUAAGGAGCUUCAGAAUAAUGACUUCCCGAUGUCAGUUGAAACAUCACAGGAAACUCUAACCAGAUCAUAUCAAGACCCAGCCUAAGGAGUGACCUAACAAUAAGGAAACCUGUCUUUAUUUGGGACAACAAAUAAUAACCUUACGACUCCAUAAAGCAUUGUAUUGAGCACUCAGUUCACACAAUACUGAAGAUGGUGGGCAGCUAGCAGCUGAUACAUGUCAAGGUAAAUAUAUCUCACUAACACAGGCUGAACACAAAAAUAACCACUUUUUUGAUUUUGAAGCUGGACAAGGUCACAUAAAUGAGAGAUGGCAAAGGAGGGCAGUGCAUGUGUAGGUGCAGACUGAGGCAGAACUGACAAAAACACAAAGAAUCUGUCCCACCCUCUCUCCCUCCCUACAUCCCUCCAUAACAUUGGGCAGAGAGUGGGUGCUGGAGAGGAGAGGUGUGGGGGGUUGAAUGGGCCAGCUAGUGACCUCAGGCAGAAAGAAUGUCCCCGUUUGCUCAGUCAGCCCACUCCCCAAGCAGCGCUGCACACAGUCAUGAGCGCCCAGGCCAUUGUAUUCACCUUUCAGAGUCCAGAGCAAAGGCCAUAGACGAGCGCCCAGGACACCUCUCCUGCUGCUGCACUCACCUCUUCUCUUGAGCUUGGCUCCUCUUGUAUCUACCACAGAACAAUGUGUCCACCACAAGAUUUCUCCUAAAGUUUGUGCUUGUCUCUCUACACUGCACUACCAAAAUGCUAAUUGCCUCUCUGUCUCAAAGUCUUAAAAGUCUCACCUAUUGUGUGGGCAGCAUUCCUGGACUGUUCUAGCCAUUUAUGUGGCUGUUAAUGUAUUGCCAUUUCCCAGCAUAGUGACAUUCAGGUCUGUCUCUGAAAUACAGCAAUUGCAUAAAUUUUAGUGUUAAAGAGAGGAGGAGGUAAGAUCUUGUCUUUCCCAUGGCAGGACAUACAUUAAAUCAAAUGGCAGCUAGGUUUGGAUGACAAUUAAAUCAGACUAAUAGAUAAAAUUUAUGAGUUCCAUCUGCUGAGCCUGCCAAGAAGUCUGCUUUAAAGGCAUUUAAAGGAAGGAACUGUAAAAAUUUGCCUGACCGUUAUCUAGAAGCCAAGGAGAAUUUAUUUUAUUAUAACAGUAUUUAGCCCACUUUUUACUAUAAAAAAGAAAAAAAAGUAAAAAACGUACUACAAUCACAGCUUAGACUGGAUUGUCAGUGCCACAACUUAGAGAACAUACAGAGACACAAGUUUUUUCUCAUUCUCAGUAUAUGAGGUGAGCACCAAACGCCAAAUUAUAAACCACUGGGCGAUCGUGUCUGAUGUUUUUGAAACUAAGAGUAGAUCAGCAAUGCAACUGUUAUCCAUAAAAACUAUAUUUGAUUUGGACAUAAGUCAUGUUUAUGAAAUGUCAUAGUCCAAAUCUUACACACUUCAAGGGACAGUAUGUAUCAGACUGCACCAACACUGCCCAGUUGAACUACUUUAUGUGUAUACUAUCUAUGCUUUUUACAGGGUAAGGAGUUUAGUUUGUGCUUGCAGUGUGUCCAUCAAAACACAUGUUUUAUUUUAUCUUUUAAUAACUCCAUGUUUGUUUCAGGACGGCGCCUGCGAGGCAAAGCUUUCUACAAUGUCAAUGGCAAGGUCUACUGUGAGGAAGAUUUUCUGUACUCUGGUUUCCAGCAGACAGCUGAGAAGUGCUUUGUAUGUGGUCACCUCAUCAUGGAAAUGAUCCUUCAAGCAUUAGGGAAGUCCUACCACCCUGGCUGUUUUCGUUGUGUUGUGUGUAAAGAGGGUCUAGAUGGUGUCCCAUUCACCGUAGAUGUCGAAAAUAACAUCUACUGUGUCAAAGAUUAUCACACGGUUUUUGCGCCCAAGUGUGCCUCCUGCAGCCAGCCUAUUCUUCCAGCUAAGGGCUCUGAGGAGACUAUCCGAGUGGUCUCCAUGGACAGAGACUACCAUGUGGAGUGCUAUCACUGUGAGGACUGUGGACUGCCACUAAAUGAUGAGGAGGGCCACCGCUGUUAUCCUCUGGAGGGCCACCUCCUGUGUCACAGCUGCCACAUCCAGAAGCUGCAGUCCCAGGUCCCGAGCUCUCCUCCUCCCAGCAGCUACCCGCUCCAUGUCACAGAACUGUGAGGAACAACUCCACCCUGCUACACAUACAAGAUUUUUAGUUAAAGUCUGUGUAGUUUCUGACUAGAUGGCCUUACCACAGCUGUCACAUGAUGGGACAGGGAAAAGGGUCCUGAUUCCUCCAUGGGGAGUGUGAUCCCUCUAAAGCACUGUGGACUCACCCAAAGGCCCAUGAUGACGUCAAGGCUCCUGACCCUCAGUCUUCAAAGUGGAUGCUUUUGAGUCAGAGAAGAAAUUGCAGACCAUGCUUCUUUUCCUUAUGCCACAGUCCCAACAGUGUUGUGUAAAAGCUGUAUGGACCAGACAGGCCCAGGGUGACCAUGCUGUGCCUUUAGAGCUGGCUCUCUUUAACAGCACCGUGAACUGCUAGCAUAAUGCUCUUACGCCCAAUAACAGUAGCACAAGUCGCACUGCCACAAAGCUGACAACCGACUGACAUUCCUUAAGAGACUUGAGAGAUUCACAUGCUGUGUCUUAAUAAUAUUAUUAAAAAAAGAAAAGCCUAGAAGCACAUAGAUUGUCUUUUUAUAUAAAAAUAUAUAAACUAUAUAUUUGCAGAUGUUUCCACAUACAGACUUUGAUCCUUUUGUUUCCUUCUCGAAAAGAUCUUAUAAAUGAUAUGUAUCAUGUGGUACUGGGGUCUACUGGGGUCCCUUCAGGACACAUACUAUUUUAGUUUGUCUGAUAUUCAGUGAGAUAGAGGCCUGUCAGUGCAAUGCCAACAUUUUUAGCUUAAGUUAAUUGUAAGAACAAACUGAGAAUACUACAACAAUGCAUUAUUUUCUGUUAUUGGCUAUCCAGCAUUGGAUAGAUCUGCUUCGUGCACAUUUUCAUACUGAUUUUCCACCGAGCAAGCAUUGGUAUAAAUGAGUAGCCACAAUGUCUUAAGAGGUCUGUCUUUGUCUGGCUCCAAUCAGCCAUUGGUUUUAUUUGCUGCUCUGGGACACAAGGUAGUGGCUGGUUCCACCCACAUUUCCAGUCAGUCCUACUUAUUAUCUGUUGGUUGUUGUGUGAGUGUAUGCAUAGGAUGUAUGCUGUUUUGUUUAUGAGUGUAUGUGUUAAUAUGCAAGAAAAACUACACAAGAGUUAAAAAAAAAACAAAAAAAAACAAAACUUGAAACUUUGAGUGGUAAUGGUGAUUGAAAAAAAAUAAUCACAUUUUUUGAAGGGCUGUGACUGGUAAUACAAGAUUCUCCUUAAAGACAUGUUUGAAGGAAACUUUUGAAUAGCAGAAAAGCACUCUUAAAGAAGACAUGUUUAUUGUUAAACUAUAAAAUAUAUAGAUUAUGAUUUUACAAUUUUGUUCAUUGUAAACCUCAAUAUUGAAAACAGCUUCAUAACAGAAGCAGGUCCACUGACUUCCUGUCAGGUCCACUGCAGAAUAAUAGGCUCCACGUCAUCAUAGUGGAAUUUCACCGUAGCAGCAGCAGCAGCAGAUUUCCAUGUGUUUUUAUUAUAGAAAAUGUAUGACAUGGGGUCUGUUUGUUUUUUUGUUAUUUUCAGCAGUGAGAUAGGCAGUAAGUGAGAGAAGACAUUUUCUGAGCACUCAUGCAUCAAAUGUAGGACAAUACAGGAUUACUUAAACAAGCUUGAAUCAUUCAAGAUACAAUUCAUUAUGAGUAAGUUCAUGAUGAGGGAACACUGUUAUAAUAAGGUUAAAAGUACAUUCAUCAUAAUUUGUCUCGUAAUAUGCUGACCUCUUGAUCCCAGAUAUGUGUAAUGUAAAAUAUCUGAAUGUGUAUGCUUGUGAGUGUGGCAGGACCAUGGUACAAGCACUCACUGUGUUCAGUGGGCAGCUCUGCUUCCAGUGAAUUGACCCCAACAUGUCUACUAUUAUCUACUAAAAUGCAGCAUUUUGCUGCAUUCCAUUGAACUCAUAUGCAUCAUACAUAUUUUAAAAUGUUAUCUGGUGCUACAUAAUUGUUAAAUGAUAAUCAUUCACAAACCUCUAUUUUGUCUUAUGUCUCAAUAAUACUACUGAUUGUGUAAAAUAAUUAGACUGAAACAGGCUAUAUGAAAGUACUGUCAUUUAUGUUGCAAAAACUUUUCGAAUGUAAUAAUAGUGUUUAUCUCUUGUGACAUGUAUUUGUAAAGUAACAUGGAAAAGGUGAGACGUUCCCCUCAUCUAGGGUUGGCAAUAUUGACAAAAAUUCGUAUACUCACCCCCAAUUUCAUGGCAGUCUGUCAGAAAUGUGCUAUAACCUGUCAUUAAAUGUUUUGAGGGUUGAGGUUCAAAUAUCGCACAAACCAUUAAUGGGCUGUAAAAAGUGCUGACAUAUCACAUUAUACCUUAAUUUAAAAGAUUACACUGCAGGUUUCUGUUGUUUUUAUUUAUUAUAAUGUGUUUUAAUCUCCAAAACAGCCAUUUUACUAUGUACUAGGGCUCUUCUGAUGUGUGCUGCCUGAAAGAUUACACUGGCUUUUUUGAACAAAAAACAGGGACCAGAGUGUAUCCCCUGUAGUUUUAUUAUGUCACAUUUUAUGUACUUUUACUAGAGCACACUGCUAAUUGCCCCAUACAUGAAAGGAUUACUUUAUUUUCUGGUGGAAAUUAUUUGGAAAGAAGAGUACUGCUUCCUCUAUCAUCCAUAAUGGUCAUAUAUUUUGUAUAGCUGUAUUUUGCCUAUAACUAGGUGGUUCAUAAAAAGGAACCUAGAUCUAUUUAUCUAAACAUGAAAAGUUAUUUAAUGUAUUAAAACUGGGAUGUAUCAUUUAACUAUAGAUGUCAUAAUCUGCUUUUUCAAUAAAGUGGUUUUCUAGCUAACUGCAAAAAAACAUGUCUUUUUUUUUAACUUUUGCUACCAACAGACUUGCACAGUAGUGGUCUUAAGUAGAAAACUAACAUAAGCACAUAUGA